CUCUCGCCGUGCCUCUAUCUUUUAAAAGCCGCUUCCCGAACUCCUGGUCUCAUGGAAGUCAGUCAUUGUCCCCCCAUCGUUGGAACUCAUACACCAAAUCGAAAACGUCUUGACUGCGGUUCCUUUACAGGAGCAGAUAUGGAAUCUUCCGUCCAUCCCGGUGCAACCCCUGAUAGCUUGAAAGAGCUUUGGAAUUCAUUCGAGAGAGCAUGCCUGGAGUCUGUCACCGAACCGCCGACGGAUAUCGUCGACAGAGUGGCUGCUACACUAGAAGACGCCAUAUCCUGGCUAUGUUCGCAUAGUCCCCAAGUUUUCCUGCCGCGACACAGAGGCGACAGCAACUGUCAAGGCCCAAAGAAGCAGGUCGUCUCGACUUCACCAGGAUUGCAUCCUUUGCCUGCCGGAUCUCCUUUGACUCGGCCGUUUACAGGCUCCAUGGACGAGAUUGAUCCUCCAUUGCCGGAAGACCCCAUAUGGUCGAGGUUGUACCAAUCAGAACAAGUUCCGCUGAAGCGAGAAAAUAACCAAGAACCCUUCGAGACAGGCGGAGGCCCAGCGCCACGAGAAAAUGUUCAUAUGGAACGAGGUUUUCGGAAAAGCAUGCCAGUGUUGAGGCACUCGAUCACGCACAAUUCGACCACGCACAAUUCAGGUUCACCUAAUGCUGGACCUGUUGCGGUUUCUCGCUCGACUGCAAGCUGUUAUGCGGUUGGCGAAUCAUGUGAAGCUCGCCAUUCUGGUGGCAGUCCCAUUUUGGCAGGACCGAAUGCCGGUCAAGUGUGCUCGACGGGGGUAGAACACCCUGGUUGGUCACCGCAAAAUGCCGCUUGUAUCGUGCCGCAGUCAGGAUAUCAGGAGAGCGGACAACGAGCAGGAAGACUGUCUCGGAGGGAAGGGGUUGAUGAUUAUGACAACGACAUGGUCAAUGAAGAGGACGUGCGCGGCACACGUUCCGCGAAUGGAAGGAAAAGAACAUGUGCAAAUCGAACUGUUCGAUUCCCACGAAAGAAGGCGAAAGUGGAGCACACUCCAGAAGGAUUGGCCGAGCGUUUCGGGACGAGCAAUCGGGGUGCGCUCAUCUCUACCUUAAAAGAAGAGUGGCAAGAUAUUACUUCGCAACUUUUACCGGAUAUGGACACGACCGCGUCGAUUGGCAUAUCUCAACGCCACGACGUACCAAGCUUCGUCAACUUUGUCCUACAACAGGGUCGUUUACUGGAAAGGAACUCCCUGAGAGCCGAAGUCCAAAGCUUGAAGAAUCGAAUAGACCUUGCACAUUACUAUCAGCUUUAUGUGGCCGCCUCCAACGAUACCCGGAAAGGCGCCGACUCUCCCUUCUUGGCCUGGAUGCGGGAGUGGUAUCGACGACGUGGCAGGUCACCGUCCCUAGCGAUGGGCAAAGGCAAGGGCGCGUCCACAGUGGUCAAGGAUUGUCUUGUCGACCUCCAUCUCUCCGAUUCAAGAUUUCAGGGUGUGCCGCGCAAUUUUAUCUGAAGCUAACCAAUUCGUGAACCAAAAGUUUCGCCACCAAUUUGUGCCUGUGUCUAUAGACACAUCAUUCCCAAGUUUUCCAACACUGGCAGACGAUCGACAAGGACAUCAGCAGGGUGAUUAGAAGAAAAUUUGAGACCUUCCUGGAGGUCGGCUCUGAAUUUUAGGGACUCGUCAAGUUGGACAUCGCACCAGACCACGGCACGAUAGAUCUGGUUUUACAGCAACUUCUGCGUAUUCGAGGCGGAUCUAGCCUUCUGUAGAUGAAGAAUGAAGGUUAAACACAAAGCGAACUAGACAAAGUGUUCACUUCUACGGUAUAUUUGGCAACCGCUGUCGAGUCUACAACCAUUUACCUAGAGCCAGACAGGAAUUAAUUCGCAGUCAGCAGCCAAAAGAUUCACCCUCUGGGCCUGUACAGUACUUUAUCCUAUCCACAUUGAGAGAUUAAAAAGUCC